GCUAAAUUCAAAAAAAAUCUCUUCAGUGUUUGGGGUUGGACGGACAAUGUGUGGAUAGUUCAUUUCAUUGUUGUUUUUAAAAAGCUUUCCAGUGUAUUUUGUCCCGAAAACUUUUGUCGUGAAGGAUUUAAAGUCACACAAUACUAAGGGUAAAAGGUGAGACCAUGCCUGUAGACGAUGCCUCAGAGCUCCUCAAAUACUAUGAGGUUUACGAAACCAUUGGAUCAGGUGGUUUUGCGAAGGUCAAACUCGGCAGACACAGACUGACGGGUGAGAAAGUGGCCAUCAAAAUCAUGGAGAAGAAAGUUCUUGGGGAUGACCUGCCUCGCGUGAAGACGGAGAUUGAAGCCAUGAAGAACCUCAGUCAUCAGCACGUCUGUCGCCUUUACCACGUCAUUGAGACACCCAGCAAGAUAUACAUGGUCCUCGAGUACUGUCCCGGAGGAGAGCUGUUUGAUUACAUCGUAGCGAAAGACCGCCUCUCAGAGGAGGAGACUCGUGUGUUCUUCCGUCAGAUCGUUUCGGCGCUGGCCUACGUCCACAGUCAGGGAUACGCCCACCGUGACCUCAAACCUGAAAACCUGCUGAUUGACGAGGAUCACAAUUUGAAGCUGAUCGACUUUGGGCUCUGUGCCAAACCCAAGGGAGGUCUGAGCUAUGAACUUAUGACGUGCUGUGGAAGCCCCGCCUACGCAGCCCCAGAACUCAUCCAGGGCAAAUCGUAUAUCGGUUCCGAGGCGGAUGUCUGGAGCAUGGGUGUGCUGCUGUUCGCUCUGUUGUGUGGCUUCCUCCCGUUUGACGACGAUAACUGUAUGGUGCUGUACAGAAAAAUCACAAAAGGUCAUUAUGAAAAUCCUCGCUGGUUGUCUCCUGGAAGUAUACUGCUCCUUAACCAGAUGAUGCAGGUGGAGCCAAAGAGGCGUUUAACAGUCAGACAGCUGCUGGCGCAUCCCUGGGUGAUGAACGGGUACAGCAGCCCUGUGGAGUGGCACAGCACGCGCCCGCUGGGACAUAUCGAUGAGGACUGCAUCACAGAGAUGGCUGUGACGUUCAAGCGGUCCAAACAGAGCACCAUCCGUCUGAUAUCAGAGUGGAAAUAUGACCAGACCACUGCCACGUAUCUGUUACUGCUGGCUAAGAAGCAGCGCGGGAGACCGGUGCGUCUCCGUGGCGACCUGACCGCACACGACCUCGCGUGUUCCCCUGAACAGGAAAUACAGCUAAAAAAGAGCCUGGAUUUUAGUGAGGAAGAGGAGGAUGAUGAUGAGGAAGAGUCUGACGAUGAUGCUGAAGAUGAAGGCACACAGAGAGCCACCCUGAGCUCCAUGGUUUUCCCGGCCGAGUGCUACGACGACGAUAACGCCUGGCUCCCUCUGACGCCGAGGAACAUGCAGAACACACACACUCCACGCCGGCCCGCCUGUCAGUCAUCCGACAAGAGGUGGGGCCAAAUAGGACAGUCUCCUAUCAUAGACCGAGCAAAGCUACGCCCACAGAACGCUGAGAAGCGCGAACGGACCAGAGAGAAUAAAGAGAACUUGGCGGUGCACAGCGCAGACGGCGGGGUUUUCGCUCUGCCCGCCCCCGUCACGCCAGUGUCCAAUCGGAGGGGCCGGCCUAACAAAACAGCACCGUCGACGCCUGUCAAUAAUAACAUCAUACACAAACCGGUGGAAACACAGAAAGAAGCGGUGAGCCAGAGGGUCGGACAACAGCAGCAGGGAGGAAGGGAGAUCCUCGUCUUAAGCCCGGAGAGAAGGUCUCGCUCGCUGGACAUGGCGGGAUGUCAGGUGGACAGCGGACAGAAGCGGAGGGCGGGGAAAGUGUUCGGGAGUUUGGAGCGCGGCCUGGACAAAGUCAUCACCAUGCUCACUCCCAACAAGAGGAAGGGCCCGAGGGACGGACCGCGCAGGAUAAAGGCGCAGUACAACGUGACCCUGACCAGCCAGACUAACGCAGAUCAGGUCCUGAAUCAAAUCCUGAGGGCUUUACCACAGAAGAACGUGGACUACGUGCAGAAAGGUUACACUCUAAAGUGUCGCACCCAGUCGGACUUCGGUAAGGUGACCAUGCAGUUCGAGUUGGAGGUGUGUCUCCUGCAGAAGCCCGAGGUGGUGGGAAUCCGACGGCAGAGGCUCAAAGGAGACGCCUGGGUCUACAAACACCUCGUGGAAGACAUCCUGUCCACCUCCCGCGUCUAACCGAGCCACGGCUUCACUGACUGAGCCACGGCGACGCUUCCCAUGUCCGGCGAACGCCGUUACCGAACCUCUGUGCCGACGUUUCACGUCACGUCUUAUUUUAGAGUGCCUUUUCUUUAUUUCUAUAGAUUAUUGUAAGUCUUCAGUUAAUAAGGAGAUUCAUGAAAAUGGACAGAAUGGAAUUGCACACGUUUGUUCCGAGGAGAUGUUUUUUACUUGAGCUUUACUUUUUAAGCAUGAAGGCAUUUUUCUGCUAAUCGUUCUCGUCUCGUCUCGUCUCGUCUCGUCCUGUUCGUGUCAUGUCCAUGUGUUUGUUUACGUUCUUAUUUCACAUCAUGUUUCUGUGUCUGUCUACAGUCCAGUUUUAUAAUAUUAAAAUAUACGCAGUAUUGGGGUUUAGCAGAUUAAAAAGCAGUUUACAAAAAAAACAAAACAAAAACCGUGUGGAUCUAAAUGGAUGGGAUUUAGAAAUGUGGAGAUGAGGUGAGAUAAACAUCACCGAAGGGUUCCCUAGGUUUAUAUGGCACAUAAUGAAAACAUGGCGAACACGUCUUUAUAUACCCCUAGUUGCUCCUUUCUGGUGUUUUGCCGAAAUCUGUACACCGACCAGGCAUAACAGUACGACCACCUAUCUGAUAUUGUAUUGUGUUGGUCCUGCCCUGCACUGUGUAUUCUGACCCCUUUCUAUCAGAACCAGCAUUAACUUCUUCAGCAGUUUGAGCAACAGUAGCUCGUCUAUUGGAUCGGAUCACACGGGUCACCCUUCACUCCCCACGUCCUUCAAUGAGCCUUGACCACCCAUGACCCUGUCACUGGUUCACCACUGUUCCUUCCUUGGACCACUUUUGAUAGAUACUGACCACUGCAGACCGGGAACACCCCACAAGAGCUGCAGUUUUGGAGAUGCUCUGAUCCAGUGGUCUAGCCAUCACAAUUUGGCCCUUUUGGUCAAACUCGUUCAAAUCCUUAUGCUUGUCCAUUUUCCCACUUCUAACAGGUCAUAGCUCUCACUUAUACUGAAGUCAUGCACCAGAUAACAGUUCUCAGGUAUGAUGGCAAAUGUCUGAGGCUCUGAUUGCACUGUUUUUAAUCCAGUUAGCCUGGACCCCAGUUCCCUUCACUUCCAUGUCCUCAAUGGAGGAGCUCAUCUCCAUCACCAGCUUCUCCUCUGGAAGUGUUUGCCGAUCUUCAUUAUGUGUUGUAUAAACAUGCCUCAAAAAAGCUGGACACUUUGACAAGAAGUUCCCACAUUGUCAUAAAAGCUGUUUUUUCCAGGUUCACAUUAUGUGCUAUGCAGAGCUGAAAACACAGGAUGGUACAUUUA